GACCACUUCAUGUUGUUUGUUGGAGAACUACAUAUUAUAAGUUGACCGAGCUUAUGAUACCAUAAGGUUUACAUUGGCACAUAAAAAUGGCAACUAUAUCGAACCUCCCUGAUGAUGUUCUAUCUAACAACAUAUUUAUCUACUUACCUGCAAAACUGCUUGCUCAAAUGAGGUGCGUUUGUAAACCAUGGAAUGCUCUUUUAUCCCAUUCGUCGUUUAUAAAGUCCCUCAUGGAUUGUUCAAUCUUUAACAAACAUGAUAUUCUCAUGGUCUUCCAGCCUGGAUUUUAUUUUGAUGACCUUCGAAAAUUCACUGUCCAUAACCUUGUACGUCCUCAUGUUCAACUACCCGAGUUCAUUAGACUACCUAGUUUUCUUAAAAAGCCUUAUAAUGGUAGCUAUGACAUCAUUGGUUCUGUUAACGGCUUGAUAUGCUUUAUUAGAACAUCGACGUUUUAUGAUUCUGUUAUUUUCAUCUGGAACCCUUCUCUUGGUGCUUUGUUACCUCUUCCACCAUAUAAUGUUCCUCCUGGCUCACGUGGUUGUUAUGAUGUACUUUUCCGGUUUGGGUAUGAUCCCAAAACGGAUGAUUACAAAGUUGUAAAGCUCACUGGCCAUCUUCUACCACCAAAAGACAAGUUCAGAGCAUCAAAAAACCUAUUUGGCACUUGGUUUUAUGUGGUUAAAAAGUGGCUACAAGUGGAAGUAUAUAGCAUGAGGAAAGGUUCUUGGGAAUUGAUCACUCAACCGUUCCCGUCUCAUAUUGCAAGGAUCUUGGAUCAAGAUUAUGUUUGUGUAGAUGGACAUGAUGGUCGUCUUCAUUGGCUUGGUUAUCUUGACGAGGAGCAUAAGCUACAAACAAUAGUUGCAUUUAAUUUGGGUGUUAAGACUUUCGUUGAGAUAUCUGUUCCGGAUUCCUUGCAAGAGUUUCAUGUUAAUGAACCAAAUGUUUUGGGAGUUUUGGAUGGAAAGCUUUGUUUGAUGUCAUGUGCUACACGUGAAAAGUGUGAGGUGUGGGUGAUGAAUAAGUAUGGUGUAGCUGGGUCGUGGGAGAAACUCUAUCGCCUUUCAGAAAAGUCUAGUGGGAAGUUAUCUCCAUACGGGUUCACAUUGAAUAAAGAGUUCAUUUUUGAUGAUUCGUAUGGUCAUUUAGCUUUAUACGAUAUUAUUGCACGUGAAGCUAAAUCAUUUAAUUUCCGGGCUAGCGUGAUUGGCAAACCCAAAAUUGUUCGGUAUGUGGACAGUCUCGUUUGGGUAACACCCCCUAAGUGUGGACUAGGUGUUGAGGCAUCUCAAACGUUAGCCGGGAAAGAGAAAGUCAGAAGGAGCAAGCGAAUUAGGAAAGAUACCCCUGUCUGAGAGAAUUCAAGGAAGCUGGCGAGUAUUAAGGAUUUUUGAGUUGUUUUUUGGUGAAUGAUGAAAAAGGGCUACAAGAAGGCAAGACUUAUAUAUAUAAUACUUAUGCUUCUAAAAAGUAUUUUUGUCAAUGUCAAACCUUAGGGGUGUUAUUUUUUGCUUGUUAGCAUGAUAUAUUAACAUUGCAGGCCCAUGCCAUUAUAUUUAUGCAUGUGGCUUUUACUUCA